AUGCCGAUGAGGGGUGUUCGACUCUUUGGAGUAUCUGGCAAGCUUAGUCAUCAUUUCGUGGGACCAUUCGAGAUAUUAGAGCGAGUCGGACCGUUGGCUUACCAGUUGGCUUUACCCCCUCAACUAGCUCACGUACACGAUGUCUUCCAUGUUUCUAUGCUUCACAAAUACGUGACAAAUCCCAGGCAUGUCAUUGAUUAUUACCCAUUCGUGGUGCAAGAGGACGUGUCAUAUACUAAGUUAUCAGCUAGUAUUGUGGAUCAGAAUGAAAAAGUGCUCCGCAAUCGUACAAUUCCCUAUGUAAAGAUUCAGUGGCAGCGACAUACCCCUGAGAAGGCUAUUUGGGAGCUAGAGGAGGACAUGAGGCGACUUCAUUACCAGUUAUUUGCCUAG